AUGGCAUCAAAAACGAAAGGUGAGGAUAUUGAAGCCUCCGGAAGAGGUGCAAGCAAGAAGCAAUCAACAGAUUAUUAUGUGCGCAAGGAUAUCCAUUCUGUAAUUGAUGAAUUACUAGAAGAGACCGGAGACUCCGAUACCUGUAGUGAAAAUUCAAGUUCAAAAACCACUGAAGAUAUUGCAUCUGAAAUUGAAGUUCAAGUAGCAUCAGGACACAUGUUGACUUCUUCACAGGAAUAUGGUGAUGGCCAAAUAGCCAUACCUUUUUUUCCAACUUCCACAACAGACCCCCUUACAAUUGAGGAUUUUGAUAUUAUAGAAUAUCUUGAAAUAACUCAGACAAAUAAUGAUCAAGGUGAAGACUUUUGGGAUAGACUUUCUUUUCUAAAUGAGGAUGCUUUUAAGAAAGAAAGCUUAAUGAUUCAGGAACAGUUUCCUAUUGCAUCUCAGUUUGCUUCCAAAGAUUUUGAUUUGUAUUUGCAUAUGGAGAGUGCAUUUCAACAAUUUCAAGAAGAAUAUAAAGGUCAGGAUAAUGGUAAUGAAAAUCUAAAAGCGCAAACCACUAAAGAAUUUGCAUCUUGGAUUGAAGUUCAAGCAGCAUUAGGACAAAAUUUGACUUCUUCACUGGUGAAUAUCAAACUAUUUAGGAAUCAGAGAACCAAAGUAUUCAAUACUGUGCAACAUCAGAAAAAACAGCAGCAGCAACUUUUUCCACCAUUUUAGGAACAAGGAAUGAGCCACCUAUACAAAUAGUUGCUCCUAAACCAAAGGGAUUUCCCUAUUUUUCUUAUAUCUUUUUAAACUUUAUUGAUGUAAGAAUCGAAGUAAACUUCCAAAUUAAGCUUACUUCUAAU